AUGUCAGGCUUUGGCAACACCCACCAGGCCGCUCCAUCCUCUACUUCUGCCUCUGCCCCGCCCAGCGCACUCGAUAUUGUCUCCAGUCAGGCUGCAAACUGGGACGCACUCCUUUCUCCAAUCCCAGACGCCCUUACGUCGCUUCCCCACGACGACAGUGAACUCAUAGACUCGCCCAGCUUUGCUUUCGGCGCUGACAUUGAUCCUACCUCUUCAACCAUCCCAGACGCAUUUACUUGGGAUGCCGCUGCUCAUCUCCGCUCCUCGGUGCUCGGCGCGCCAGACCUUCACACCGGAUUUUCCGCUGGUUCACAAGCCCCGGCCUCGUCUGCACUGAGCUCUACCUUUUCGUUGAUGCCAGAAAAUGCCUCUGGUUUUCCUGGAUAUCCGUACGGCUCAUAUCCACUAUUGCCUGUGCUCUCCACGGGCCCGUACGACUCUCCCACCGUCUCUGGGCGCGCGUCCAACGAUGAUAUGCUUGUUGCGACAGUCAGCCCAGCUGCAGUCUCCGUUUCCCAAACGAGCCCCGCCUCAGCUCCGUCCGUUGUGGCUCCGUUGACUGGCAUCAAGCCUGAACCGGUCAACGCCACUCACAGCUUUAACCGCCAGACCCCCUCGGUCUUUUCCCGCGCUGCCAGCAUGGACCUCGACGAGGAAGAUGAUGAAGACGAUGGAGACGAAAUGGACGACGAAGAUGGUACAGAUGAAUACAAGGAGCGCUCCCGCGGAGCCAACGGCGGCCGAAACAAAGAUUCCAAGAUCGGCCGCCCAGCCUCGACAAACGCGGCGCGAAAAUCGGAUACAGCGUCCAAUGCAGACGGCUCAUCGAAACGAGCCACCAACAAGAGCCUUGGAUCAAAGCAAGCCUCUACAGGCUCGGACAGUGGCGCUUCUACACCAGCCCCCAAACGACGCGGAGGCAAUCGUAUCGCCGUUGCAGACUUUGUCCCCCCGGAUGUAACAGGUUUGAGCAAGCGCGAGGCCCGCCUCGUGAAGAACCGCGCGGCUGCGUUCCUCUCUCGCCAACGUAAAAGGGAAGAAUUUGAGCAGAUGGAAAUUCGCCUUGCCGAGGUCCUCGAAGAAAAUGCACGCCUGAAAAGUGGCAACCCCGAACCGUCGAAUCAGGCUUCAGAAGAAGUCCAGCGCCUGCAAGCAAUGCUCCGCGAGGCUCAGGAGCGCGAACAAGCGUUGAAGACCCAACUCGAGGAGCAAGCUCGUAUUGCCGAGCAAGCCAAGGUCGAGGAACCCGUUUUCACCGUCCAAGAGGCCCUCAAGAUGGCGCACUCUCCCUCUGUCGCCCAAUCGCCUCGCAGCGAAAUCUCCAGUCUCGAUGGCUCUGUCCUCAGCUCUGCUCUCAAGGAAAAGGACUCGUCUCGUCAUGGUCCAGGCUUCAACCUUAUGGUUCUCGUCUUUUCCCUCACGCUCCUCUCGAUGCCCCAUCAACACCAGCUCAACAUGCGCGGUGGUAGUGCUCAGCCGACCAGGAUCACCUAUGAGCCGUCUGGCUCUGCGACGAGCGCUGCAUUCCCGUCUCUAUUCAACAAUGUUCUAGAGCGAUGGGAGGGUGGCAACCGUUUCGAGUCUCUCGAUUCAAUUGAUGAAGACGACGAAAUGGAGGUCGAGGUCGAGCCAUGGGAACAAGAAGAAGGUAACGCCGCGAGCCAAGGCAAGCAAGGCAGCUCGUACGUUGUCGAUUUUGAGAUGCCUGUCCUCGCGGAUGAGGUUGGCAAAGACGAUGAUGGCAAGAUUAAAGUCCGCAUCUCUCCUUGUGGCGUUCCACGACCACGUCAAUCCAUCGGCAGCCUCAAGGCAAACGAGCUCGCUUGGGACGGUACGCCACUGCCGCCACUCGAGGCCUCGGGUGUCGACUUUGGUACUGGUUCCUUUGCUGCUGACUGGGGAUCGUGGGCGGGAUGGCAAGACUUUUUGAGUGAGGAUAUUGUCGGCACUGGCGCAAGCACCCUCGCACCCGAGACUAUGACCAACGACGAGGCGGCAUCUCCCAAUUCGGACAACUCGCGAACCGAGGAGAAUAUCUCGGAGCGAUGGGCGACGCCACCACCAUUCGAAGAGUCGAUGGAAGGCUCCAGGACUCCAGUUGAAGGUGCGACGCUCGCCACUGUCCUCUCUGGAGAACAAAAGCCAACUGCACCCGUCGAUGUCGACGUCUCGCUCUCGACGCUCCCCGCUUGGUCUCGUGCCAUGAUCCAGGCCGCGGCCGGUGAGAAGCUCAAGGCCCGCAUCCGCGUCUCGAAAAAGUCGAAGAUUGCUGGACGCACUAGGAGCAGCAUCUCUCUUGGCAAGAAGAAGAUGGGACUCGUCGUCAAGGUGUGA